AUGAGUAAGUACGGGCUUAAGAGUCUACUUCCAGUUAUAAAGCAUGAUAAACAAUAUGAUUCUUCAAUGACGUUAGGGACGGAUCUUCCUUCGAUACUUCAUUCGUUACAAUUAACCACCAGGGAUUCAUACAAUUCAGGUCUAAAUAAUGGACAUCAUACACUUGAUACGUUCCCAUCACCAUGGGUUGAGACUUCACGAAGUGAAGUGGAACCAAAGUUUUUCAUUCCAGAAUCUUUUAAAAAUAUAGUUGGCGUUUUAGGGCAGCCAUCAACCUAUUUCACUAGUGUGGCAAGGGACCAUCCUCGCAUUUCACUACUACAGGAUGAAACGCUGUUCUAUCUAUUUUAUAAACACCCAGGUACUGUAUUACAGGAGCUUACAUAUUUGGAGUUAAGAAAACGUAACUGGCGUUACCAUAAAACUUUGAAAGUUUGGCUAACAAAAGAUCCGUUAAUGGAACCUAUAGUGUCACAGGAUUCGACUAGUGAACGUGGUUCAUAUGUGUUCUUUGAUCCACAGCGUUGGGAAAAGUGUCAACGGGAUUUCAUAUUAAACUAUAAUGCUAUCAUGUAA